AAUGCCAAAUGGUAAAAUGGCUGAGAAGCAGAAACACGAAGGCAGGGUUAAAAUAGGACAUUACAUCCUUGGAGACACACUUGGAGUCGGCACCUUUGGAAAAGUUAAGAUUGGGGAACACCAGCUUACAGGUCACAAGGUUGCAGUGAAGAUCUUGAACCGACAGAAGAUACGCAGCCUUGAUGUGGUGGGUAAAAUCAAGCGGGAAAUCCAGAACCUCAAGCUGUUUCGCCAUCCUCACAUCAUUAAACUGUACCAGGUGAUCAGCACACCGACAGACUUCUUCAUGGUGAUGGAAUAUGUGUCAGGAGGGGAGCUCUUUGAUUAUAUCUGUAAGCAUGGAAGGGUGGAGGACACAGAGGCCCGGCGGCUCUUCCAGCAGAUCAUCUCUGCGGUGGAUUACUGCCACAGGCACAUGGUUGUGCACCGCGACCUGAAACCUGAGAACGUGCUGCUGGAUGGCAGCAUGAACGCCAAGAUCGCUGACUUUGGUCUGUCCAACAUGAUGUCUGAUGGUGAGUUCCUGAGGACAAGUUGUGGGUCUCCCAACUAUGCUGCUCCUGAGGUCAUCUCUGGGAGGCUGUAUGCAGGCCCUGAGGUGGAUAUUUGGAGCUGCGGGGUCAUUCUGUAUGCCCUGCUUUGUGGGACGCUGCCCUUCGACGAUGAGCACGUGCCCACCCUGUUCAAGAAGAUCCGAGGGGGCGUGUUCUACAUCCCGGAGUACCUGAACCGCUCGGUGGCCAGUCUGCUCAUGCUGAUGCUGCAGGUGGAUCCCCUGAAGAGGGCCACGAUCAAAGACAUCAGGGAGCAUGAGUGGUUCAAGCAGGAGCUCCCCGGUUACUUGUUUCCGGAGGACCCCUCGUACGACGCAAACGUCAUCGACGAGGAGGCGGUGCGGGAGGUGUGCGAAAAGUUUGAGAGCACAGAGUCGGAGGUGAUGAGCAGCCUGUACAGCGGGGACCCUCAGGACCAGCUAGCCGUGGCCUACCACCUCAUCAUCGACAACCGCCGUAUCAUGAACCAGGCCAGCGAGUUCUACUUGGCCUCCAGCCCGCCCACCGGCUCCUUCAUGGAGGAAGGCAUGCCGCUGCCCCCGGGGGUCAAGCCGCACCCGGAGCGCAUGCCCCCUCUGCUGGCUGACAGCCCCAAGGCUCGCUGCCCCCUGGACGCCCUCAACACCACCAAGCCCAAGCCGCUGGCCGUCAAGAAGGCCAAGUGGCACCUCGGCAUCCGUAGUCAGAGUAAACCCUAUGAUAUUAUGGCUGAGGUGUACCGCGCCAUGAAGCAACUAGAGUAUGACUGGAAGGUGGUGAACCCCUACCACCUAAGGGUCAGGAGGAAGAACCCAGUCACAGGGAACUUUGUGAAGAUGAGCCUGCAGCUAUACCAGGUGGACAAUCGCAGCUACUUGCUGGACUUCAAGAGUAUUGAUGAUGACGUCAUAGAGCAGAAGUCGGGCUCGUCCACCCCCCAGCGCUCAGGGUCGGCCGCGGGGCUCCACCGACCGCGGCUGAGCAUCGACUCGGCCUCGGUGGUGGUGGAGAUGCCCCAGCUCAGCAGCUCCUUGCCAGGAUCCCUGACAGGCAGCACCCCCUUGCUGGCACCCCGCCAGGGUAGCCACACCAUGGACUUCUUUGAGAUGUGUGCCAGCCUCAUCACCACGCUGGCGCGCUGAGGGGGGGCAUACCCCCCCUAACAUGGACACAUGUGAGUCAUGUCCGCUGUAAAUUGUCCAACUGCUGUCCCACACCCUAAACCCACAAUUGCUGUGAAAUGCCAUCACUAUAGCAACGCAGAAUACCCUCUGAGGUUCUAGAAUCCAUUGAUUAUUUUAUUUUUGGUUUUAUAUAUUUUUUUAAAGAAAUUAUAGUUGCAAAUUAUAUAAAUACAUAAUAAUCAUGUAUACAUGUAUGAUAUAUUUAUAUUAUCUCUUAGUUUGUGAGUAAGUUGUUUGAAUAAUUGAAAGGGCAUACCAAAAAUGAAGUCUAUACUUAAAAAGAAGAUUCAAAUUAUUUAGAGAUUUCAGAUUUUAUUUAUUUUUUAAUGAUUGUCUUAUAGUUUGUAGUUUCAUUGUUUAAGUACUGUCCUGAGGUUUCAGGUUCUUACCUUGUAUGUUACAGUAAUCUGAAUUUAACGCUUUCACAUGGGCAAUAGUUGUAGGUAAGAGCAGACUAGCAACAAGGCAAUAAAGGCAGGCUGUUUUCAGCAGAUACUGAAACGCCAUCUGUGGUCGCGCACCAUGUCACCCACAAGUUAGCACAAUUCUUGGGUGUAGUUUUUGUGGCCGAAACCUCACCGGGUUAUGAUUGGUAUAUAGGAAAGACAAUGAAUGUACCCACAAAAUGCAUUUAAGUUGAAAAUGACAUCAGUGCUGUUUCCAUUUUCAUGGGCUUUCUCUGCCACAAUGGCCCUGACAUUUUUGUUUAUGUGGCCAUAUCCUGUGCCUCUCGACUAUGUGUUUUUGUCACAAUGUCCUUUGACUAGUGGCCUGAGGCCUAGAAUAUGUCUACAGCGGUCUGGUCAUAGUUAGAAAUUUUCCUGACUGCAAUUAAAAAACUAUGAAGUCUGUGAUUUUGGAAGAAAACACCUCUGUCUUCAAAAGAAUAAACUUGGGAUUAACUUGACUUCUUAAGAGUGUUAUCCAGGCAUGAACAAAAUACAAUAAAAAAGCACAACUACUCAAUUAUCAAACAGGCAAGUUAGCAUUUUAUGAAUGGGCACAAAGGAAAUGCUGUUUUUAAGAAAAAGAGGCAUUCAUUUUUUAUCACUGAUUUUGAAGACAUUUAAAUCUCAAAGGAAGUGACAUGCAAUUUCUUUUGUGAUUUUUGUGAUAACAAGCGAAUGAGUUAUGUUCAGUCUGUGAUUGGUGAAUUGUUAAUUGGGAUGGACAGAGGGAAAAUUAGUAUCAGAGCAAGCAGGGUUCAGGUGUUACCAGGAUAACCUGGCAAUGGGAGUACAGAACUAGGUGGUCUUGAAUACCAGUACACAGCCCUGUGUCAUCACAGGAGGAGGGAGGCAACAGCACUCCCUUUUCUCCAUUUACUGACUUAAUCGACCCUGCAGUUCCUUUCAGUAAUUGGAAGCUAUAGGCAGUGGUACAGAACGGAAGUGCAGAGUGAGCGAGGGCCUCUGCUGGACUGUGAAGGCCAUGGAUUCAGCCCAGAUCCUUGGCUGCAAGAGGAAAGCAGAGUAAUUAGUCUCUGCAUCUUUCGCUGGAAAGCAGCCAGCACAGAGAACCUCAGAGAGAAUGCAGCAGUCUGCCCAGCUAACGUGAUGAUUGUGCGACAACUGUAUUUUUUGGAAUGAAAGUCAAACCUUUGAUUCGAAGAAAUUCACUUAUUGCUUGUAUUGGAUAUACAACCAUACAAAGUCAGUGGAAAGGUACAAUUGAGCUUGGCUAGGAAGUGAAUUGUAUUGUGGCUGCCAGUGUCAGACAGGGCUUGAAUCCUUGCACUGAGCACUGAAUUAUAUGUAUGGCAUUUUACUUAAUAUUCUUCUUAUGCUUUACCUAUUGAUAGUCACAUUUUU